AUGGCUGCGAAUGACGAUCGCAUUGCUGCGGUUAAGCUCCGCACCUGGGCAAUGUUCAAGAAUCUAGAUCGUCGCGCUGAGAAUGCCAUCCAUUACCACUUCCUCAAAUCUCCAGAGACACAUCUCGUCCCGUUAGUCGACCUCAGAACUGGAAAUGAGAUUAAUGGUUUUUCCAAAUUCAGUGGCAGAACUGUCUGA